UGGAUGCUUGCCCAACAUGGCGGCGCGCUAGGAGCGUAACAUCUGCGUUUCUAGGUGCUUCGCUCUGCGGGUGUUUUAAGACUCUGAAGUUGUAGAGGCCUACUCCAGAUCGGUCAUUUGGAAGAAACUUUUGAGUUCAGAUAUGGCUCUGAGUAAAUCAAUGCAUGCAAGAAAUAGAUACAAGGACAAACCUCCUGACUUUGCAUAUCUGGCAACCAAAUACCCAGAUUUUAAGCAGCAUGUUCAGAUAAAUCUGAACGGAAGAGUAAGUCUUAAUUUUAAAGACCCUGAAGCAGUCAGAGCUCUGACCUGUACUCUCCUAAAGGAAGAUUUUGGACUUUCUAUUGAUAUUCCAUUGGAAAGACUGAUUCCUACAGUUCCCUUGAGACUCAACUACAUUCAUUGGGUAGAAGAUCUGAUUGGUCAUCAGGACUCUGACAAAAGUACUCUCCGAAGAGGAAUUGACAUAGGUACUGGAGCAUCCUGCAUCUAUCCUUUACUUGGAACAACAUUAAAUGGCUGGUAUUUCCUUGCAACAGAAGUAGAUGACAUGUGCUUCAACUAUGCAAAGAAAAAUGUGGAACAGAAUAAUUUAUCUGAUCUUAUAAAAGUGGUAAAAGUACCACAGAAGACACUCUUGAUGGAUGCUCUUAAAGAAGAAUCUGAGAUAAUCUAUGAUUUUUGCAUGUGCAACCCUCCCUUUUUUGCCAAUCAGUUGGAAGCCAAGGGAGUAAACUCCCGAAAUCCCCGGAGACCUCCACCUAGUUCCGUAAAUACAGGAGGUAUCACAGAAAUCAUGGCAGAAGGAGGUGAAUUAGAGUUUGUUAAAAGGAUCAUCCAUGACAGUUUACAACUUAAAAAAAGAUUAAGGUGGUAUAGCUGUAUGCUGGGGAAGAAAUGCAGCCUGGCUCCUCUGAAGGAAGAACUUCGAAUACAAGGGGUUCCUAAAGUCACCUACACCGAAUUCUGUCAAGGUCGGACAAUGAGAUGGGCUUUAGCUUGGAGUUUUUAUGAUGAUGUUACAGUACCAUCACCACCCAGUAAGCGAAGAAAAUUAGAGAAGUCAAGGAAACCCAUUACGUUCAUAGUGUUGGAGUCUGUGAUGAAAGAGUUGUCCCUCAAAGCAUCAUCUCUGGGGUCAGAGGCAGUGGAAGGCAUAGUAGUGGUGACAGCAUGGAUUGAAAAAAUCCUCACCGACCUGAAGGUCCAGCAUAAACGAGUUCCCUGUGGAAAGGAAGAAGUUAGCCUUUUCCUAACAGCAAUAGAAAACUCCUGGAUUCAUUUAAGGAGAAAGAAAAGAGAACGAGUGAGACAAUUGAGAGAAGUUCCCCGAGCUCCUGAGGAUGUCAUCCAAGCCUUGGAGGAGAAAAAGUCCACCACCCCCAAAGAGUCGGGUAGUGGCCAAGAUUUGGCCCAGGGCCCCCAGGAGAGUGUCCCAUGCGAGCCCGCCACACAGGAAGGCGAGUCUGCCACUGUUGAGGGCCAUUGCUCAAACCAGGAUUCACUUCCCCAAGAAGAAAACCCAGAACACAUGGAGGAUGAAAGGAGUGAGGAGAAGGGAGGGAUGGAGGUUUUGGAGAGUUGUAAAGGCUCUAGCAAUGGAGCCCAGGACCGAGAGGCUUCUGAGCAGUUCAGCAGUCCAGUGUCUGAAAAAGGGAGCCAUCUCCAAGGAGUGGCUGGACAUUACCUAUUCAAGUGUUUGAUAAAUGUGAAGAAGGAAGUGGAUGAUGCUUUAGUUGAAAUGCAUUGGGUUGAGGGCCAGAACAGGGAUUUGAUGAACCAGCUUUGUACUUAUAUCCGUAACCAGAUUUUCAGACUUGUUGCUAGUUAACUGCUUGCACAAUUGGGUAUGUUUCUAUAAAGUAGCCUGCUUCAGGGUGUUAAGAGGCAUUCAUUCCACCAUAGGCCCACUGAUAACAUUAUGUGCAAUUAACUUCAAAAAAAAAAUAAAUUCAUCUAUUUUAAAACACUCCCACCCCCCCCCCACCUUUAAAGUUAUUAGGCAUUAGUAUCAUGUUCAUGAGGAAAAAUUGUUACCAGUAUCAACAAAAAGCGAUCAGUAAAAUCAGGAGGUAUUUAAACUUGACUUAAAUUGACCACCUUAGCUUUAGGCUGAGGCUGAAAGGACUGUUUUUGGAGUCUGGUCUGGGUCCGAACUACAGAGCGUCUUGCUGUGUCAACCCUAGUUACUUCAUGAGGGGGGGUGGCUUUCUCUUUCUCUGAAUGGAGGCAGUACACCGGACAGAUAGGCCCUGUGCCCUCUUCUAGAGUCACCCGCAAGACCCCUGGGUACAUAGUUGAGUACCCCUGCAUCAGUCAUAAGAAAGGACCUGGCUUAAUGGUAGGUGGUGAACAGUCAGGGAGAGAAAGCUUAGUAAUGCUAGGAAGAAGGGCUGACCUGGAGGCACCUGGAAACGUCAUUUCCUGGCUUAACGUCUGUUUUGAGGUAAAACAGAGUUAGGUGAGCAAAACUCCCGCUGUUGUGACUGAGACACAAUGAAGUGAAGCCAUACCCCGCCCUACCUCCAAACUAUUUGAAAGUACUGUUCUGUAGCGGGUUUACUGAUGUGUGAUUUUUUUUCUUUUGAUAUUUGAAGUGGAACUUUGUUUUAUUUUUAAUAUAAAAGUAUUCAGAUUUGAAA